CCAAGUCAUCUGCCACAACAAAACACUCUGCUGUCAGCCAAGUCAGGGCAGCAACCAGGUAGCUGCUGCAACCGGCAAACGUUUACAGGCACAGGCCGAAACUUAUUUUAGAUACGGAACUAAUAUUUUAGUCACGGCUUUUAAAGUAAUUACAAAUUCUGAUCCGGAGUAGAGGAGGCUGUGUAAGGUGAAGUCUGGGGAGACGGACAGGGGGAGAGAGGAAAAAAAAAACAAAGAUGGCUGUGUAGCUAGAGAGAGACGAGUUCCACCAGAACGGUCUCAAACCUUGGAUUUAAGCACCGACACGUCCCGUGAGCUCCGUGGACGGUGGGUCGGUCCCGGAGCAGGGACGUUCUAGGAGCAGCCGAGCUGGGCCGCGCCUGUAAUCUGCUGUCACAGCGAAUAACGGCGUCGAGAGAGAAACGACAGCUGAGGGACGAGUUGUUUUUGUUCUGCCUGAGCACAGAGAGAGACAGAGACACAGGGACAGCACAUAGUCUGCUGGCCUCACUGUAAGUCGACUAAACUAGUCCACAUCUAACCUGUCCGUUAUUACAUUUUAAUUACACCGUCGUUGGCUUGUUACACAUAGAAGUUUCUAGUGUAAAUUGUAAGUUUAGCCUUCAUUCCAGUGUGUCAGGGCGCUGCUGUAGCGUUAGCCCGGCUAAUGUUAGCUUGCUGUCAGCUGACCGUUGGCCUGGCGGUUUAGACGUUUAAACCGAACUAAAACCUGCAGGUACUUCGACCUCAGCAGGUCUACACACACCGCGGGCAUUUCUUGAUAUUUCGUAGCCAUGUCUUCGCUGGAAGAGAGAGACGUGGGCGUUGCGGCCGCCCCUGGCUCCUCCUCGGGAGGCCUGGGGGUCGGAGCCGUGGGGGCAGCAGUGGAGGCUGUUGCCGGGGUCGCGGCCAUGCAAUCGGAGGACGUCGGGAUUCGACGCGAAGGGCCCGAGCCUGACCAGGACCAACCACCCAAGAAGAGGGCGAGACUGCCCGAGGGCGAGUCAGGGAAGCUGGAGGAGAGACUGUACUCAGUGCUGUGCUGCACCGUGUGCCUAGAUUUGCCCAAGGCGUCAGUGUAUCAGUGUACCAAUGGACACCUGAUGUGUGCGGGCUGUUUUAUUCACCUUCUGGCUGACUCGCGCCUCAAGGAGGAACAGGCCACGUGUCCCAACUGCAGGUGUGAGAUUAGCAAGAACCUGUGCUGCAGGAACCUGGCUGUGGAGAAGGCUGUCAGUGAGCUGCCGACAGAAUGUACCUUCUGCCUGAAACAGUUCCCCCGCUCCAGCUUAGAGCGACACCAGAAAGAAGAGUGUCAAGACAGGGUGACACAGUGCAAGUACAAGAGGAUUGGUUGCCCCUGGCAAGGUCCUUUUCACGAGCUGCCAGCUCAUGAGGGCGAGUGUUCACAUCCCACAAAGACCGGUACGGAGCUGAUGGGAAUCCUGGGAGAGAUGGACCAGAACCACCGCAGAGACAUGCAGCUUUACAACAGCAUCUUCAGCCUGCUGUGCUAUGAAAAGAUUGGCUUUACAGAGGUGCAGUUCAGGCCGUACCGCACCGACGACUUCAUCACCCGCCUGUACUAUGAGACACCGCGCUUCACAGUUCUCAACCAGACGUGGGUGCUGAAGGCUCGCGUCAAUGACUCGGAACGCAACCCCAACCUCUCCUGCAAGCGCACCCUUUCUUUUCAGCUCAUCCUCAAAAGCAAGGUGAAUUCUGCUCUGGAGUGCUCCUUCCUGCUGCUGAAGGGGCCGUACGACGACGUACGGAUCAAACCCGUCAUCCACCAUCACUCCUUCAGCAACGACACCAACGAGACCGACUACGUCCCCCUGCCCAUCUCCGAUUCAGUGGAGUGCAACAAACUGCUGGCCGCCAAAAAUAUCAACCUGCGUCUGUUCAUCUUCCAAGUUCAGAAAUAAAGAGUCAGAGGAGAACAAGAGGAAGAGGAAGAAGAGGAGGAGGUGAAGAAAAAGGACGAGGAGGAACAAGGAUGUUGGACGAAGGUGCAAAAAGAAAAGAUGUGAAGAUGAGAGAGACACCACUGAACCACAGAUACCUCUUAACACACACAAUCACGCAGGGUACACACACACACACACACACACACACUCACUCACUCACUAACGGUGUAAACAGAGAGACAUGCCACUCGUGACUCUUCCCUCCUUCAGUGACACAGCUGCUGUGAUCCAGGAUGAAGGGUUUUGAUGAGUGGGACUGCUGGUGUCACAGCUGUGGGCUCUAUGGUUUGGUGUGGACCUCAGGAGGCUCUGAGGUCACCGACCUCUCACCCCUGACACCCAUAGAUAAAGGUAGCACACACACGCACAUGCGCACACACACAACUACACAGUGUAGUUGUGUGUGUGUUUGACUGUUGGUGUGUGAGGGACAGACCCCAGAGGUGGGCCCACGCUGGGUCUGCAUGAACAAACAUGCCGGAAAAUGUGAAUACAAGAGCGCCUGCGUCCAGUCAGCUGCUUUCUGGACAUGUGUACGGGGACUUCCAGGACAUGACUGUGUGCCUGCGUGUGUGUGUGUGUGUGUAUAUGUGUCCCACCUUGUACCCCAGGUCACUUCCUGUUUUAGCAAACAGCCCCUACCCUGUUUUCUCAGUCGAGGACCGUGGGCCAGGCUGCGUGGAUCUUUGUACUUCUUUGACUUAUUCCUCCAGCUGUGAUUCCCUGAUAUAACCAUCAACACUAAUCUUUGUUUGAUUUUAUUUUGAUUUCUCUUAACCCCUUAAUAUUUAAGUAACUGUGAACUUUUAUUCUUUUAGGAAGGCUUUUAGUGUGCAAGCUGCUGCUGACGUGGGUGUGUGUGUGUGUGUGUGUGUGUGUGUGUGUAGUAACUAGAGUACAAUCCUCUGUGAGAAUGGACUUCCCACAGUUAACGUCUCUGUUAGCGAUUCAAUAAUCAGAAGUCCUUGAGCCCAAAACCAAAAUGAGCUUGGUUUAUUUUUGUAUGUCAGAAAAAAGAAAUGCAAAGUCUCUCGUUAAAAAAGCUGAAACAGAAGAGUAAAAAGUAUUACAUUGAUGAAGCCUUUAAAAUCCUGACAUCAUCACGCUGGCUGAUUUUCACUGAAGCAACCAGUUGUUGCAGCUUUUAUUUCUGUGCAUAUUUUUGACAAAAAUGGAAUGAUUAAAUACCGAUCACUCAGUUGGACACAACACCGUGUCCUCCAUCAACUAACAAAUCUACCACUUCUACUGUCUAAAUUAUGAUUACGAUCCUUUUUGCUGGUUCUUGAUGAACCUUAGAUGUGAAUGUGAGUGUGAAUGGUUGUGUGAAUGACGUUUUUAACAAGAGAAAGUGAUGGAAGACGAAUGACAAGAUUUUUCUUAAAGAAUCUGGUGACUCGCAGACAAACCUGGGACCUUUUAGUUUUAUAGUCGGGAUAGGCUUUAGGUUUUGGUUAAAAAAAUAAAUGAAUAGAUGGAAAUAUAAUAUGAAGCUUACAGAAAGCUGGGGACAGAUGAGCUGCUCCGGUCGGCAGCAGCUGAGGAGUGACACCCAAACUGAGAGCAGAGUGUCGGGGUGAUCUCCAUCCAUGUCCGUGUGCAUGGACUUUUCUGGACGUGGGUUGGUGGAGCAGGGUUGGGAAGUUUUACUGUAACACAGUGACAUGUUAGUGUUAGACCUACUUGAACAAGAACAUGAAGACGUUACUUGCGUAGACUCUACUGUAAAGCAGAUAUCUCUCUCUCUCUCUCUCUCCCUCUCUCUCUCUUUCCUCCCGACCUCUAUUUCCUGUAUUUCUGUGUUUUAAUGCUUUGUCUCUCUGCCAGUGGAUUCACUCAUCUCACUAUGGCUGUACAUGUGCCUUUUAUUAAAGAUCAUGGAACCUACCAG